ACGUCGGGACGCCAAUCGGCCUCAGUUCUUUGUAGGUGUUGAAAUUUCAUACACCAGUGAGCCGAAAAAUAUACAAACAUGUCAUUGGAACGUCAAGUCCGCGCCAAGCUUGCAUCCAAACGCGACCCACAACAAGACAAAGAAGCUCAAGAAUGGAUUGAAACAAUCCUUGGCGCAAAAUUCCCUCCAGGUGAAUUAUACGAAGAUGUCAUUCGUGAUGGCACUGUUCUCUGUCAAGUUAUCAACAAACUUGCCCCAGGAUCAGUACCUAAAAUCAACACAUCUGGCGGACAGUUCAAGAUGAUGGAAAACAUCAACAACUUUCAAGCAGCAAUCAAGGCUUACGGUGUAGCUGAUAUCGAUGUCUUCCAAACAGUCGAUCUCUGGGAAAAGAAAGACAUCGCUCAAGUAACAAACACCCUCUUUGCUCUUGGCAGAGAAACCUACAGACAUGCUGAAUGGAAAGGACCCUACCUAGGACCCAAACCAUCCCAGGAGAACAAGAGAGAAUUCUCUGAAGAGACUCUCAAAGCCGGUCAAACCAUUAUUGGUCUCCAAGCUGGCCAAAACAAAGGUGCCACCCAAGCAGGACAGAACAUUGGUGCUAGCCGCAAAAUCAUCAUUGGAAAAUGAGCCAACACUUUACUGAAGUUUUUCAAUACAAUUUUUUAUUCAAGUCAAUAUCUGUAUAAUGCUUAAAACAAACACCAAUAAAAUAUAUUUUAUUUA